UAUUAUUAUAAUAAAAAAAAAACGAAAGAAAGGAAAAAAACAGUAAUUGUUGUAAGAGAAGAAUCAUCAUCAUCCAUCAUCAUCCUCAGAACUAAACGCUUCUCAAUCAAACCCCCCAACCUCUUCCUCUCACCCACCCACCACCCAUUCCCAAUUCAGGAUCUCUCUUCUCUGGUGGGGUAGCUUGAUUUUGAUGCAAGGUCAAAGGAGGACUAUUGGGUCCUUCCCGGCAAUUGUUAGCAUGAUGCAAGGGCCAAGUUCGAGUGGCACCGAUGCUAAUCAUCAGUCUUCCUUGAAUCAUGUGCAAAAUUCAGUUGAUUUCCGGUUGUCAGAUUAUAGGGGGUCUUCUGGUGAGACUGCAUGUUUACGUGGUACUGGUCCUAAUGUGAGCUUUAGUGGCUGGAAUACUGGUGAACCCAAUUCUGGACUGAAUCCGAUCAACCAAGUCGAAGACGAAGGUCUAAAAUCAGAACAUAUGUUGUCUUCUUCAUACAGUGCUACUUCUGAGGAUGGUGUAAGACCCGAGGAAGGGCAAUUACUUGGGAACCAAUCCAGAAACCACCCUUCCUUUUUGCAAGGUUCCAGCUCCAAUCAUACAGCCCAGAGUAUUAAUCUCGGUAUGGGGCACAUUUCGAACUCUUCUGAUCGCGGUAAAGGAAAAGAAUCUAGUAGUGGUGUUAAUAACCACAAUCCCAUUGAAUUAGAUAUAGAGAAGACAUCACUUGGCAGUUCUUCAUUUAAUCAUAUAGGAGCUCCGUCUGCCAGCUCUGGAUACAUGGCUUGGGGAGAUAGUGGUAGUUCAAGUUCUUCUUUAGCUAAUUGGGGUCCUUCUUGCAAGAGAAAGGCCCUUGAAGGAAGUUCUAUGCAACUGUGUACUGGAGGAAGCUCGAGUUCCCUUGUACAAUCUGGAAAUGGUUACUGGCUUACUGAUUCUGUUGAUCUUAAUGCUCCUGGAAGCUUAGGUGAUUUGUCACCUUUAGAGGAUUUUCGUGUUACUAGUCCUCCAUUUCAACAGACUACAAGAAAUGAAGUGAGACAAGAAGCUCCAAAUAUGUUUCCUUCUAUGAUAAGUAUUGCGGAAAAUGUGGAAAGGCCUCUAAGAAACUUUGAUAGGAGAAUAACCCAUCUACAGCAUCCGGAAUCUGUACCUCUCAAUUUAACAUCAACAGGGAGUACUAGACAUCAGAAUCACCCUUCUCCGCAUCAAAUACCCGGCUCUUUCUCAUUUAACGAGUCCUUGGAUUUGAGGUUAACAGCUGGAGCAACAGCUGCCAAUUCUGCUGUUCCUCAAAACCAGUCACCUCCCCUGCACAUGCAUCCUUUUCCAUGGAAUAGAGCUGCUAAUCCUAGAGUGUCCAGAUCUUCAAAUUCUUAUAACUCGGGAGAAAGAGCAGUACGUGAAGAUUUUAAUUUUAGAAUCUUCCCAAGAGAUAGUACCGAGCAUCCCAUGAACGUGCCUGCAUCUUCAGGACAUGAACCUACAGGUUGGUAUACAUCUUCCAGUAAUGUGAACAAUGCUGGAGGUAUGCCGCCUCCAUCCUGGAUUGGAUCUAGUUCAAAUGUCCACUCAUUACCUAAUCCUGGCUGGACUUUUAACCAUGAAGCCCCAACAGAAAAUCUACAGAGAGUUUCAGAGUUCAGUCCUUGGUCCCUUUUUCCUUCAAUCAGUUCAGCAUCUGGUACUCAUAAUGGCCAUUCCUCCUCUACUUCCGGCCCUCCUUCAUUUUCUCAGGGUUCUAGCAGCAAUCAACCAUAUCCAAGAACAUCAUAUUUGACGGAAAGAAGGGGUGGUGAUGUUCUCUCUGCUCCACAUUCACUGCGAACAUUACCCUCUGACAACGAGGGUAGACGCCGGCUUAUAUCUGAGAUUCGUCAAGUCCUGAUUGCAAUGCGGAGGGGUGAAAACUUGCGUGCUGAGGAUUAUAUGCUCUUUGACCCUUUCUUAUAUCAUGGCAUGGCUGAAAUGCACGACAGACACAGAGAAAUGCGCCUUGAUGUUGAUAACAUGUCUUACGAGGAAUUGUUGGCAUUGGAGGAGCGAAUAGGAGACGUAAGCACUGGACUGAGUGAAGAUAUGAUUAAUAAGUUUAUGAAACAGCGAUUUUUCAUGUCUCUCAUGACAGACUCUUCUUCUGAUCUCGAACCUUGCUGUAUCUGUCAGGAGGAAUAUGCUGAUGGACAUAGUAUUGGUUUGCUAGAUUGUGGGCAUGAGUUCCACAGUAACUGCAUCAAACAGUGGCUAAUGCAGAAGAAUCUGUGCCCAAUUUGCAAAACAACAGCCUUGGCUACGUGACGAGGAGAAUCUCUCCCUCAUCGCAUAUCAUAUCCCUUUUAUCAAUUUGAUCUUUUGUCGGCUCUAUCUAUUACUUGUUUUAUUUCAUGAACUUCCUCUCAUCUGUCAAGAUUGGGAAAGAAAACACACACAAAAAAAAAAAAACAGACAUAAAAAUGAAACAUUGGUGGUUAAGCUAUAGUAGAGUUACAUUUAUACUGUGAUAAUGGACAAUUACAUGUCCUUUAUGAUAAGCUAAAAGCACUUGAAUUUUAUUAAUUUUUAUUAUAAAUUGAAGACUAUUGGCCGCUGAAUUGCUGAUA